CUGUCAGUGGAUAUGGACGGGAAAGCCUAGCUGCUGUCAUAUAAAAGGUUAGCCGCACACCAGAGUAGCGCUCAUGUAUUAAUUUCCCACCCUUUGGCAGUGUUGAAACCAUGUCUGCCUUAUUUCUAUCACGUCUUUUGUCGUAAGGCGUUCCGUAGGAGGUAGAAACGAAGCGGUAAACACAGAGCUCUGCUAGGCGGCUAAAACCGCUGCGUGUGUACAGUGUCAUCCCCCCGGAGCAUGGGCAACACGGAGAGCGUCCUGCUGCAGAAGCGGCUGGCCCGGUUCCGGCCGGACGAGCGGCCCGUGGUGGAGGGGGUCUUCCAGAGGCUCCAGGGCGGAGUGGGGCCCCCAGGAACCCCGAGCAAAACAUCACCUGAGAAGGCUGUGACGUUUGAAAUGUUGAAGUUGGCUAUGGGCAGCUUGGCGUCAGACUCCAUGAUAAGAAGGGUCUACCAGGGCAUGUGUAGUGUCGACCCUGGACCGGCACCGUCCGCGAGCUCGGGGAAGACCGGUGCCUCUGUUGUUUCUGGCGUGGGGCGAGAGCAGCUGGUCAUCUUCUUAGCUGACGUCCUGCGAGGCACAGCAGAGGAGCGGGCGCCUCUGGUCAUGGCCAUGUCCCAACAGAAGAUAGGAGCAGCAACAACUGUCACCUGUGAUCAGGUAGCAGAGUUCCUACAGGACUUGGUCUCUGCUGUAGUUCAAAUUCUGGUCCAAAGGGGGCGCCUACAGGGCUGGAAGCCAGAUAGAAUGGGAGAUGGUUCCCUGGGUGUGAAACUCCUGGCAGAGCAGAUGUGUUCUGACCUCAAACCUUCAGAUGAGGGACGCUGUGAUGUUCCCUGUUUGGAGGACUGGGUCUUUAGGGUGCCCCAGGUGUCGUUGUACAUGGAGAUGCUGGUCGCUGAAGGCCUGAGUGUGGGCCUGAGCGGCCGGCCGGCUCCGACCCUGCUGCCCCCGUGCAGGGAGACGCCCUGGAAUGAGCUGAAGUGUCUGCUGGACAUGCCCACCCUCAUGUUCUUGACACCACAGUUGCCAGAGAGCUACAGCGCCCCCUGGAAGCUUGUGUUUUCCACCAAGCUGCAUGGGGAGAGCUUCACGAGGAUGGUGGGCAGUGUGACCAAGCGCGGGCCCACAGUAAUGAUCCUCAGGGACACCAAGGGACACGUGUUUGGGGGCUUUGCGUCCCACGCCUGGGAGGUCAAACCUCAGUUCCAGGGGGACUCCAGAUGCUUCCUGUUCACUGUCUUUCCCAAGCUCAGGGUUUAUACUGCUACAGCGUACAACCAGCACUUCAUGUACCUCAACCAGAAUCAGCAGACCAUGCCCAACGGACUGGGUAUGGGUGGUCAGCACGGAUACUUUGGCUUGUGGCUGGAUAGCGACUUUGGCCGUGGCCACAGCCGAGCGCGGCCCAAAUGCACCACAUACGGCAGCCCCCAGCUCUCCGGGGACGAGGACUUCACCCUGGACUCCAUGGAGGUGUGGUGGGUCGGCAAACCCCCCGAACCAGUGGAGGGUGAGGAGGGUGUCGGCAAGAGGAGCAUCCUGGAUGUGGAUCCCGAGGUCCAGGCCAUGAUGGAAAUGGCAGGAAAGACUCUCCACAGCCAGGGCCUCAGGGAGCCCGAGGAGGACGAGGACGAGUGAAGGGCAGCAGCGACACGAAGCUGGACCUGAUGUUCCAAAAGCAUCUUGGCACAUUAAUAUGAAUGAAGCAAAUUCACAAUCAGAGCAUUCUGGGAAAGGCAGGAAAUCACUGACUGCAGCCAGAGCUGACAAGGCAGGUUGAGGGAAAGUGGCCACACCAAACAAACGAGUGUCUGAGUGUCCCAGGGUGGGUUCUCCUUUAACGCCACGUUUAAAGGAGAAUCUCUGACUCCAUUUUAAGCAAAUAGAAAAAGGUGAUCAGUGCUGCCAAGAUGUCUUUGGGAGACAAAAUAUCUAAAUAGUAAGUCAAAGGGAUAGUUAUUUUUCUCUCUCCUAAGGCAAUAUCUUAAAGUAUAAAUAUUGUUAAUAUUGUAAAUCAGUGGGACAAAGAUUAUCUUUGCACUAUGUUGUUCUUGAAAAAAAAAAAAAGCUGUUCUUCAGAAGUGUAAGAGUGCUGCUAAGCCCUUCUUAAGCCAUAGUGACGGUGUGAGCGUGUGUGUGUGUGUGUGUGUGUGUGACCACUGAGCCACUAUGAGUCCUGAUUCUGGAUCAGUUCUACCAGUCAUAGCAUCAGGUACAGCGGGGGCUUUUAUCAGACUGAUGGAUGUUUGGCACAGAAGCUGCAGUGUUCCCUCAUAUUUUCCAUAAAAAUCUUGCAUCUCUUUGCUUCUCAGAGGAAAAAGGAUGUUUCUCCUGACAUCAGGGCGACUGAAAGCCCGCCUCCUCCCUCAGAUCAACAACUGAUUAGAGUCUUUAUAAAAAACACGACACUGCACUCUCUCUGGGAUGCAGACUUGGUGCAUGUGUGGAGAUGGAUGACUCUUUACUAAUGUACAUAGCGCUCAUGAAGAAUAGAGGAACAUCUGGAGGACGUAUUAUUCUACUAAACACAGACUGUUGUAGGCUGUGAUCGUGCAGAUAUGAUAACGUGAGUGUCAUCGCUGUCAGGUGUGUAAAGAUUUUAAAGGGGCGUUAAGUAAGAUAGGACUUCAGUCACUACAUUUUAAGAAUAUACGCUGGGGGGAAGUCCACCUCAAUAGCAGGAGGCUAACAGUUAGCAUUUGGAGUGAGAUAAUACCAGAUUUUUCAAAAUGGGUGAACUAUACCUCAUACUUUUUUUUUAGAGCAGUUUUUAGUG